AAGUGUGGGAAGACUUUCACCCACAUGUCUACCCUUAAGGCACACCUACGCAUCCACAGUGGAGAAAGACCAUAUGAGUGUGAACAGUGUGGGAAGACCUUCACCCGCAUGAGUAGCCAUAAGACACACAUACGCAUCCACAGUGGACAAAGACCAUAUUGCUGUGAACAGUGUGGGAAAACUUUCAACCGCAUGAGUAGCCAUAAGGCACACAUACGCGUCCACCGUGGAGAAAGACCAUAUCACUGUGAACACUGUGGGAAAACUUUCACCCAGAUGAGUAACCUUAAGACACACUUACGUAGCCACAGUGGAGAAAGACCAUAUGACUGUGAGGAGUGUGGUAAGGCUUUCACCACCAGGAGUAACUUGAAGAAACACCGACGCAUCCACAGUGGACAACGACCAUAUUACUGUGAACAGUGUGGGAAAACUUUCACCCAGAUGAGUGACCUUAAGAAACACCUACGUGUCCACAGUGGAGAAAGACCAUAUGACUGUCAACAGUGUGGGAAAACUUUCACCCUGAUAAGUAACCUUAAAAAACACCUACAUGUCCACAGUGGACAAAGACCAUAUGACUCUGACCAGUGUGAGAAAACUUACACCCAAGUAAAUGGGCUUAAGAGACACCUACGCAUCCAGAGAGAAACGCACCGAAACAGUUUGAGUGUUACCAAUGUAAAGAAAGAUUCUUGCAACACUCUGCACUCUCCUACCAUCAACACAGAUGUGAAUCAUCGUCUGGACCAAACAGUACCUCAGCAUCAGAUGACAAUAAGAAACGCAGUGUCUGAACCAGCAGCACCGACUUCUUCUGACAAGAACAUCAAGCUUAAAAACCUCCAGAUCUGGCUCCAUAGAGUCCAGAUAUGAAGGAAAU